AUGAAUCUUGAAAAGCAAGUCUCACCGAUGCCUAUCGUAAGCCAUGAGGAGGAUAUUGAAGUCUCAGGCUCUAAACACUCUUCACCAAACCUCUCAUUGCAAGAAUCCACAUUGAAUGGACACAACAUCCAGAGCAUAGGUAGCGGUGGAUAUGCGGAACAUGGACCUGGAAUUGACCAUAAGAUCUCGCAAGUGCUUGAAAAACAAGCCAAGCCAGAUCUUAUGUGGAGUCGAAUUCGACAUGCUAUGCGAGAACCGUUUUCGGAAUUCUUCGGCGUAUUCAUUUUGAUCUUGUUCGGAGAUGGAGUUGUUGCGCAAGUAGUCCUUAGCUCAGGCGAGAAGGGCUCUUAUCAAUCAAUAUCUUGGGGAUGGGGUAUUGGAGUUAUGCUUGGAGUCUAUGCAUCAGGCGUCAGUGGUGCUCAUAUCAACCCUGCGGUAACUUUCGCGAAUUGUGUCUUUCGCAAAUUUCCCUGGCGCAAAUUCCCCAUUUACAUGCUGGCGCAAGUACUAGGUGCAAUGUGUGGCGCCGGUGUAGUCUACGCCAAUUAUAAAUCCGCCAUCGACGUGUUUGAAGGUGGCCAUAACAUUCGAACUGUGGGCCUAAAUACGUCAUCUGCAGGCAUAUUCUGUACUUAUCCCGCCCCAUUCAUGACAAAGACUGGACAGUUCUUUUCCGAGCUUAUUGCAAGUACCAUCCUUAUGUUUUGCAUUUAUUCUUUGCAAGAUAAUGGCAAUUUGGGAGCUGGAAAUCUUACUCCACUCGGACUUUUCUUCGUGAUCUUUGGUAUUGGAGCUUGCUUUGGGUAUGUCUUCCUUUUCACUGGUGAGAGCCCCAUCAAUACUCCUUGGAUGGGGCUAAAGCGUCUUAUGCCUGGACUUAAGAGUAAGCAAAUAGACUCAGUGGCAUAA